AUGUUGCUAACCCUGCUCGUGUCUAGCUUUAUUCCUACAUUGAUCUAUUCAGACCAGUGUCCUUCCGGUGGCGUAUUUAAUGCUCAAUUCAACAAAUGCUACGUCAUCUCUACCACACCGGCUCCAUACGCGUUAGCAGAACAAGACUGCAUCAACCUCGGUGGACAUCUGACAAUACUAAAUCGGCUCUGGUUUCAACAAACUCUAGCGAUUUCUGGAUUGGUGCCAGCGACCUCGUCACUGCAGGGAAAUGGGCUUGGACUGACGGAACAAAUUUCUUAUACACCAACUGGGCGCCAGCGGCAGCGCAGACUGGAGGAUUGUGCAUCAUCUCGUCUGAGUGAUGGUCGAUGGGCCGCGAACGAAUGUCUACUUACAAAGGCCUACACUUGUUCAGUGCCGCCGCAGCAACCGUUCACCUGUCCACCUCCACCGACCUGCCCAACAGUAACAAGGCCGGCCCCAGUGGUUUGCACACCUCGUCAAUGUACUCCACAUUGCGACUCUGAGUGGACAUAUUUCUCACAGACCAAUUCUUGUUUCAAGGUUUUUCGGCCAAAAAUGGGAUGCGCUGAGGCGUUUUAUCUUGCGAGGACUAAUCAGAAACAGUCGAAUCCAGACGAGCUGACGUGGAUUGGCUUGAAAGCCAGCGGAGAUACAUGGAAGUGGACCGAUAACACAAAGACGGACUACAUCAAUUGGGCACCAAAGCAGCCUGAUAACCCAGGAAAAGAGGAUUGUGUG